AUGGCCGGGCCAGCCGGGCCGCCCGUGCCGCGGCUGCUGCUGCUGCUGCUGCAGCUCCUGGCGCUGCCCGCCGAGCGCGCCGGCCCCGACUCCCUGUAUGUGUCCGAGUACUUCUCUCAGAGUGCACAGAAGCUCUCCUUCUACAGCUGGUAUGGCAACGCCAAGCUCUUCCACUUCCACGUGCCAGAGGACACCGUGCUGCUGCGCUGGCUCCUGCAGGCAUCCCGGGGGAAGGGCCCUGAGUGCACCAGCAUGGAGAUCACUGUGCACUUUCGGCACGGAGCCCCUCCCGUCAUUAACCCUUUGGGCACCCGCUUUCCUGCCAACGCCACCGUCCGUCCCUCCUACAACAUCAGCAUCACCCUGAGCAGUGCUGUGCAAAACACCACCUUUGUCAACGUCACCACCCCUGCUGCUGGGGACUGGUUCAUCGCCGCCCACCUGCCCCAGGCCGCGGGCAGGAUCGAGGUCAAGGGUUUCUCCACUCCAUGCCCCUAUAUGUUCCAGGCAGAUAUGUUUGUGCUCAGACUCACUGAUAUGCCUGUCCUGGAGCCUGGUGUGCCCAUGCCUCACACCGUUGUCUCGCCUGCUAAGCCACUGCAUGUCAAGGUCUUUGUUCCCAAGCACGCGGCGGCGAUGCGGUUCCAGCUGAGCAGCUGCGUCACCAGCGAGCAGAGAGCCUGCACUGUGAGGGUGCUGCUGGGCUCCAUCACCCUGCCCCAGUCCUUCCAGAGGAGCCUCACCUGCACGGGGAGCACCAACUGCAGCCUGGCCCUGGAGUCACCCCCCUGGGAGAAGUGGCUGCAGAUCAUGGUGGAGAGUCUGGGCACUGCCAACGCCAGCGUGUCGGUGGAGAUGCUGGCUUCUUUCACAGUUUGCAGGCCAGGAAGCAGCAGCUCCUUCCUUAACUUCAUCAGCCUAAACCAGAGCCAGUCUGCUCCCCACAGACCAGGAGCAGCAGGCAGCUCUGCUCUGGCUGCAGCAGAGGCUCCGCAGAACACGUCUGGGCAGCGCAGCAGCUCGUGCCUGCAGAGCCAGCCUGUGGUCAGGGAGGACCUGGACGUGGUGUCCGUGCGCUACCGGCUCCUGAACGGCCCCAGCGUGCCCGUGAGCUCCCUGUCCCCCACGCUGCUCCUGCUCAACCUCAACACGGGCAUGGACAGCGGGGGAGCCCUCGUGGUCAGUCUGCUGCUCAACAAGACAUCUGUGAGCCUGGCCAAUGCCACCGUGGCAGCCUGUGUGAGUGCUGCUUCCCCAGUGCUGUCCCUCAACGCCACACAGAACUGCAGCACAGCUUUCUCCCAGGGCUACCCUCUGAGUGUGAGCACGUCCUCUGCAGAAGCCACGCUGAUUGUCCUGUACCCACAGACCGAUGACUGGUUCCUGUCCCUGCAGCUCCUCUGCCCCAGGGGACAGGGGGGAUGUGCCGGUGCUGAAGGCAGAGUGUCGGUGUUCGCCUACCUCACCCCCUGCUUCAACGACUGCGGCCCCUACGGGCAGUGCAGCCUCCUGCGCAGGCACGGCUUCCUCUACGCCGGCUGCAGCUGCAAGGCCGGUUGGGGCGGCUGGAGCUGCACGGAUGACAGCAAGGCCCAGACCGUGGGCACACAGAACCUGGCCACGCUCCUGCUCACCCUGAGCAACCUCAUGUUCCUGCCCGCCAUUGCAGUCGCUGUCUAUCGCUUCUACCUGGUGGAGGCCUCUGUCUACACCUACACCAUGUUCUUCUCCACGUUCUACCACGCGUGUGACCAGCCGGGCGUGGCCGUGCUGUGCAUCAUGGACUAUGACACCCUGCAGUACUGCGACUUCCUGGGCUCCGUGGUGUCCAUCUGGGUCACCAUCCUCUGCAUGGCCCGCCUCAAGAAGAUCCUGAAAUACGUCCUUUUCGUCUUGGGGACCCUGUUAAUUGCCAUGUCCCUGCAGCUGGACCGCAGAGGGGUGUGGAACAUGAUGGGUCCCUGCCUCUUUGCCCUCCUCAUCAUGGUUACAGCCUGGGUUCACCACGGAGCAAAGCGCAGGCACUGCUACCCCUCCUCGUGGAAGCGCUGGGUUUUCUACCUCCUCCCAGGGAUCACCUUGGCUUUCAUUGCCAUCUCAGUGUACGCCUUCAUGGAAACCAAUGAGAACUACUACUACACCCACAGCAUCUGGCACGUGCUGGUGGCCUGCAGCGUGGCUUUCCUGCUCCCUCCUCGGGACAAGCAUAAGAAGCCCUGGGCCUGGCCCCAGAAGCUCACGUGUCGCUAUCAGAUCUGCCAGAACGACCGUGAGGAGCUCUAUGCUGUGACCUGACCUGGCCUGGCCUGGCUGCAGGGAUGGGGAGGCUGCUGCUGCCCGUGGCUGCCCCUGGCACGUUGGCACUCCUCUCACGGGCUUGUCCCCUGGGCAGGAGAGCGCAGCGUGGACUGGGUUUAAAGGUGAAGAUGGUCUGGGCUGGUCUUGUGGAGGCAAGUUUGAGGCCACCUCUGCUUUUCUGCUGGGGUGGGGCAGGCUCUUCGUGGUUCCAGAUCAAGGAAUAGCUUGUUCCCCACCUCCCCAUAGCCCUGGGGGAGAUCUCCAACCCUUCUUCCCCUGCUGCUGCAUCCACGAGGCUUGGGCUUAGCCCACACUGAGCUGGAGCCAAGGCUUUGGCUGCUGGGCUCUUCUCUGCACCCCAUCCUGGCAGAGCAUGGGGGACAGGGACCUCCCCUGCCAUCCUGCAGCCAGCACUUGAACCCAAGAGAAGAACAGAAGUUUCUUCUGCUCUGGGGAGCAAAUGCUGCCGAUUGCCCUUGGUGCUGAUGGGGAGGGAGAGAGGGAGCUGAUCCCAACACGUGCUGGGCCCUUGGCUGCCAUCUCCUUGGGGGUCUGGGGCCUCUCUCCCUCUCAAACAGGUGCUGCUGCUCUUACCUGGUCCUGAUUCUGUGGGGGACCCUGGAUUCAGGAUCAGACCUGGCAGGAAUGUGAAAAGCCCCAUGUGGGGACAUGCAGGAGGCAGCAGCAGCAUGUGACACCCACAGCAGUGCAGGGUUUGGUCUGAGUUUAACUUCAGCUCUGGGAGGAGCCAGGCUGAUGGUGUUCAGGGAUUCACUGUGUUCUUCUUUUGGGGGGUUUGGCAGGGCAGGGCUCUCUCUGGGGCAGCACAGGUGGGUGUCUGAGCUGCUCCUCCAGCCUGCUGUGCCCCAGAGCCUGGAUGUGCUGCAGGCUCUGAGGCCUCAGCAGUUCCAGCCCAGCCAGGAGCAUCACCAGGGGCUCCCCGGGUGGCCACGGUCUCCUUUGCAGCGUGUCUCACCUUAGCCUUACUCCAGGGCACGCAGAAAGCAAGGGCAGAACUUGGCAACCAGGGAAGUUGUUUUUGCCCAUCCUUCUUCUACAGAUAAGGGCUCCACUCCAUCCUUCCAGCUGUGUCAGCCUGGUGUGUGCUGCUGGGAGCCCCUCCUCGGGUGGCUUUGGGGAGGAGAGAGCUGUUAAUGAAGGAUUUGCCUCCUCGGGGUUCUUUCUCUGCUUUGAAGAGCACCCAGCUCAGCUGUGCACUUUAUCCCUCUGCCUCCCCUUCCUCUGCAAAGUCCCCCUUUUUAAGCAGGCUCAGGACAAGUGAGGGACACUUGUCCACACCCAGCAGUGUCAUCCCCCUGCCACCCGUGUCCCCUGCCUGUCCUUGUGCUGCUGCCAUCCAGGGCAGCACGGUGGGAAGGGAGACACGGGGCCCUCAGGGCUUCCUCCAACUUUUACCACUUUUAGGCACUUUUUUUGUCCCCUGUCUCGGUUUGCACAGCGGUGCUGAGGCCCCAGCACCGUGGCAGGGGAUCACUGCUCCUUCACAGCCGUGCCGUCCAUGCCGGGCCACCAGUGUGACCUGACUGCUGCCAGUGUGACUUGAGUGCCACUGGUGUCACCUGGGUGCUGCCAAGGUGACCUGAGUGCUUCCAGUGUGACCCAGGUGCUGUUGGUGUGACUCAGGUGCUGCCCAGGUGCCACCAGUGUGACCCGGGUGCCACUGACAUGGCCGGGUAUUGCUGGUUAUCAUAGAAAGCAAUAAUUCCUCAUCGGGCCUUUCCCUUCAGGGAUUUCUGUGCUGGAAGCAGGAGAAGCUUUGGGGCAAGAAAUCCCGCUGACAUGAUUGUUUAUUUUAUUUUUAUUUUAUGUAUCAUUCAUUUUUGCUUUGCCCCCUCCCUGCUGACCCGCCCUUGGUGCCUGAAGCAGGGAGGGUUAAUUAUUUUGGGUAAAAUCUGAGCAAAUUCCUGCGU